AAAAAAUUGUCAGGAUGGCAGAAGAUGAUGAUGCCGCCAUGCGUCGCAAGCAUGGCAUGUUGAAGAUGUAUUAUGGGAUAGAUGAUGAUAAAUCAGCAGGUGAGAAUUCACCUGAUCCCCUCAACAUCAAUGGUGCGCACUUCCGACCUGAGACAUAUUUAGGAAAGCUUCUGAAGGAGAAGCCUCUUGCUGAAUUAAUGGAUCAGGAGACAGAAAUAUUGAAGCAGAUCAAAAGUCUUGAUAGUGACAUGCAAACUCUAGUCUACGAGAAUUACAAUAAAUUCAUCAGUGCCACAGAUACAAUCCGAAAGAUGAAAAAUGACUUCAAGAAAAUGGAAGAUGAAAUGGAUCACCUAGCAACCAACAUGGAGUCAAUAACAGAAUUUAGCGGCAAAAUAAGUGGAACUCUUCAGGAUAGGAGGGAACAAAUUACCAAAUUGUCUGGUGUCCAUAUGUUGUUGAAAAAGCUGCAGUUUUUGUUUGAGCUGCCAGCACGACUAAAGAAAUGCAUUGAAAUGGAAGCUUAUAGCCAGGCAGUCAGGUAUUACACAAAGGCUAGAAAAGUAUUGCACCAAUAUCAGCAUAUGCCUUCAUUCCAUGGUAUCCAACAAGACUGUAACAUCAUUGUGAAAGACCUCAGUCAAAAUUUACGAGACCAAUUCAGAAAUAAAGAGUCAAGCCCUAAACAGUUGGCAGAGUGUGUAGAUCUCCUGCUGCAACUGAAUGAACCUGCAGAGGAGUUGUGUGAGGAAUUCUUGUCACAUGCAAGACAAAAGAUUGAUGAAGACUUGGCUGAGCUUGAUAGGCAGGUGAGGCUGCAAUCUGGGGAGGAUGUUCCUAAACCAGAGCCCCACCCUGAGGAUAGGAGACCCUCUGAUGCAUACAUGCCCAAUGCUCCAAUGAGUGAAGAAGCUGAGGAGAGAGUUGACCAUUAUAUGGAUGUCUUGGAGUUUGUUGAUUUUGGCUGCAAUGGUUUCCUUAGCAACGUGUGCUUGGUGAUCGCCUCCUAUAACGACAUGUUCCUCAACCGUAACCAGGGAGACGACAACAUAGAUGGCAUUGCAUUAAAGAAACUGGUGAACUUCGUAAAUGAACUUAUGGAGCAAUACUUCAACUAUGUCAUGAGACGCGUGCAAUUAGAAAGAGAGACUGGGGACAAUACUAUACUGGUGCGAGCCCUAGACAGAUUUCACAGACGGUUACAGGCCAUGAACAAACUAUUGCCGGAUACCGAUUUUUCAAGAGCAGGCACUGACAUAGUAUCAAGGGCAUCCAGAGACAGGGUUAACCAUUAUUACGAGUCUCUUAAACAGCAUUUUGCAGAUUGUCUGACAGAUGUGCGGCAAAGUUUAGCUGCUCCACGAUUGGUUGGAAAACAGGAAGAUUCUACAAAGCUGUCGGAUCUCCUUGCUCUUGCCCACUCCAGCGUCCUCGAUCAAAUGAAGUCUGUUUUGGCAAAUCUACAGGCAUUUAUUGCAUCUGAUAUCACCUUUGCCAUGAAGCCUUACUUUAGAGGUCCAUUCUGUGUCCAGGAUGUGAGAGAAGGCCUAGCAGUGGCAUACAUGAAACAUAUCUGUGAUGUUUGCAAUGAAUUCUGUGAACAGACAGGAGAGAAGGGAUCUGCUCCACCAGCGUUGCUCCUAAUUCUUUCCCGAAUCUGCAUAGACUUUGAGAACUCAACCGUCAACUAUUUGCUGACCUUGACAGAUGAGCAGUUUAUGAUCACUGAUAGAUCACAGUUGACACAACUGACAGAACUAACUGAUAUAUUUAAAGACACUGCACAGAAAUUACUCAAUCAUUAUGUAAAAGUGCAGGGCCUGGCUUGUUCUCAGAUGUUGAGAAAAAGUGUUGAGACUCGUGAUUGGUUGAACACCAUCGAGCCACGGAAUGUGCGAGCUGUCAUGAAACGUGUAGUUGAAGACAUAACAGCCAUUGAUACACAGGUUGGCCAGUUAUAUGAAGAAGGUGUUCGCAAAGAGAGAAGUAGCGACUCCAGUAGGAGGACGUUUAGUUACCAUAGCGCAGCAAAACAACAGAAAAAUUGGAACUUUGCAUCUAGUUCAAUAGAUAACAGUCUAAUGAGCAACAUACAGAAACUUUUCUCAGAAAAGAUUGAAAUAUUUACCGCUGUUGAGUUCUCAAAAGUUUCCGUCCUGACUGGGAUCAUUAAAAUAAGUCUAAAGACAUUUUUGGAAUGUGUUCGUCUGCGCACAUUCGGAAAGUACGGCCUCCAGCAGAUCCAAGUAGACACACAUUACCUACAGCUGUAUUUGUGGAGAUUCGUCUCAGAUGAAAAUUUGGUCCACGUGUUAUUGGAUGAGAUAGUUAGCAGUACAAUUCAUAGAUGUAUAGAUCCACAGACCAUGGAGCCUAGCGUGGUUGAGCUGAUAUGUGAACGAGGCUAAACAGCUGUUUGAAGCAAACCAUUCCAGGAAAUGUAGACAAGAAAUAGAGAAGUCUACAGAAUAAACACAAUGCUAUAACUUAUCAUAAAGACAGUAUACUUAACUUACUUAAAGUUAACUGUAUAUUGAGAAUUUUAUAAAUGGAGAAAAGACAUCCAGAGAAAUAUGCAAAUAGACAGUUUGAGACUCUAACAAGAAAAGACAAAACAUUUUCAAAUUAAGACCAUAUAAUGGAAACUUUUACAUGUUGUACUUUCCUCCUUUUAAGACUAUUUGGUGGAAAUGAUAAUACUAUAAAUAGAACGUUAUUAUGCAGUUUAUCACACACUUUUUCAAUGAAGUAAAAAGUAAAUGAUAUAUUACUCAAGUUCUAUACUCAUUGUUUUUUCUUGAAUGUUAAGACAAAAGAUGGCAUAUUGCACAAGCCUAAUAAAUUGUAUUUUGCUUUUAGAAAAAG